CAGUCCUGUUCUCUUCCCUCUCUCUCAGCCCCACCAUCCGUACACGGGCCCCGGGGAGCUUCCGGCUGAUGAGGGAAUGGGAACCGAUGGAUCUCUCAGACAGAGCUGAGCUCCAGCUGUCUAAAUGCAAGGAUCGGGAACUCGGAGAAAGGGAACAAAAUCUUUUACAUCAGCAGGUUAAAAAUGACAAGGAGUUUGUCUAUGGGAAUUCAAACACAACACACCAGUUUUGUUGUCUCUGUCUAGAUAUUUAAGAAGUGGAGCAAGGGAUUCAAUGAACCAUUCUUCCUGCUCAGACUGUAGGGAGGGAUUCACUCAGUCAUUUGACCAACCAACAUGCCUGUUAUUUUACACCAGGGAGAGGCCGUUCACCUCCUCAGACUGUGGGAAUGGUUUCACUCGGUCAUCUCAAUUGAAGGUACAUCAGCGAGUUCACACUGGGCAAGGCCAUUCAUCUGUUCUGUGUGUGAGAAAGGAUUCAGCUGGUCAUCCCACCUGUGGACAUACCAGUCAGAGGCUGGUCAUUGCUGAAUUUCUGGCAAAGGAUUCACUCGGUCAUCUGACAUAAUGGCUCACCUGCGAGUUCACACUGGGGAGAAGCCAUUCACCUGCUCAGACUGUGGGAAGGGAUUCACUUUUUCAUCUAGCCUAAUGGCACACCAGCGAGUUCACAUCGGGGAGCGGCCAUUCACCUGCUCGGACUGUGGGAAGGGAUUCACUUUGUCAUCUCAACUACUGACACACCAUCGAGAUCACACUGGGGAAAAGCUGUUCACCUGCUCACUUUGUGAGAAGAGAUUCACUCACUCUUCCACUCUACAGAGACACCAUCGAGUUCACACUGGGGAGAAGCCAUUCACCUGCUCCGUCUGUGGGAUGAGAUUCACUGAUUCAUCCACCCUACAGAGUCACCAGCGAGUUCACACUGGGGAGAAGCCGUUCACCUGCUCAGUCUGUGGGAAGGGAUUCACUCAGUCAUCCAACCUGCAGUGUCAUCAGCGAGUUCACACUGGGGAAAAGCCGUUCACCUGCUCAGACUGUGGGAAGGCAUUCACUUUUUCAUCUAGCCUAAUGGCUCACCAGCGAGUUCACACCGGGGAGCGGCCGUUCACCUGCUCAGACUGUGGGAAAGGAUUCACUUUGUCAUCUCAACUACUGACACACCAGCGAGUUCACACUGGAGAUAAGCUGUUCACCUGCUCAGUCUGUGAGAAGAGAUUCACUCACUCUUCCACCCUGCAGAGACACCAUCGAGUUCACACUGGGGAGAAGCCAUUCUCCUGCUCAGUCUGUGGGAAGGGAUUCGCUCAGUCAUCCAACCUGCAGAGUCAUCAGCGAGUUCACACUGGGGAGAAGCCGUUCACCUGCUCAGACUGUGGGAAGAGAUUCACUCAGUCAUCUGACCUAAUGGCUCACCAGCGAGUUCACACCGGGGAGCGGCCGUUCACCUGCUUGGACUGUGGGAAGGGAUUCACUUUGUCAUCUCACCUACUGAAACACCAUCGAGUUCACACUGGGGAGAAGCCGUUCACCUGCUCAGUCUGUGAGAAGAGAUUCACUCACUCUUCCACCCUACAGAGACACCAGCGAGUUCACACUGGGGAGAAGCCGUUCACCUGCUCAGUCUGUGGGAAAGGAUUCACUCAGUCAGCCAACCUGCAGAGUCAUCAACGAGUUCACACUCGGGAGAAGCCAUUCAUCUGCUCAGUCUGUGAGAAGGGAUUCACUCACUCUUCCACCCUACACAGACACAAUCGAGUUCACACUGGGGAGAAGCCGUUCACCUGCUCAGUCUGUGGGAAAGGAUUCACUUGGUCAUCCCAACUACUGGCACACCAGUCAGUUCACAGUGGGGAGUGGCCGUUGUUAUGAAUCCCUUGGUUUAGUUUGCUGUUUACAUUCAUUAUAAGAGAGAGAGAGAGAGAUUAAGAAGGCUAAUUAGUCUGACUUGCAACUUGUUUACAUCGCUCGCAGCUUGUUUAGUUUUAACCGAGGACAGAGACACACAGAGUCAGAUGGAGACAAAGGAGUAAAAAUGGAAGGAUCAAAAGAAGGGAACUCGUGGCCAAGGGUCACUGUUUGGAACUUCCCUAUGCCCACAAGGGUGGGUUAAUUAUCGAUUCAGUGGACAUCGAAUGUGUGGUUGUUACCUCGUUUGAUCCAUAGGAGUGGAUCUGAUUUGGGGUAUUCUGUGAAGACCACUUAUGUGUUAACCCUUGCCUGUGUGUGGUCUGGUAAUUCACUUGAAGACGAUACCCCUUGUGACAAGUCACUUUCGGUGAUAAUUCGUAUGUGCGUUUUGAACAAGGACGGAUAAAAUCUGCAGCGACUGUUCUCUCGUUUUACCACCGUAGAACCUGUGGAAUUUGACAUAAUUGCCUUUUCUCGACAUUUACCCUGGAUUACAAAUAUCUCUCUCUCAUCACCUAUUCCAUGGAUGAACUGAACUUUCAUACUUCACCAUCUCAAGACUCUAAGCCUUGUUUCCCCAGAGCUCAAUAUUUUGUGAGUUAUAUUUAAACUCAUAUACACACAUAAUACUGUUCACUUUUGUUUAUCUUGCUUAAGUUACUAUAUUAUAAGUAGAUACUCGUAAAGACAGUGGUUUUAACAUCAAAAGCAGAGUCUGGGUGUAGUCUAUUGCUGCUGGUUCGUUUCUAAAGCAUUAUAGUUCAUAACAAAAUUUGGGCGUGUGUCGGGGAUAUGAACAAAUUUGGGGGCGUAUUGAUUGAUUAAUUAUUGAUUUCAUUGGGGAAAUCCUUUUUGAUUUACUUGAGUGUGGAAAAUUAGCAGCAAUGGAUGUUGAUAGAUUUCUGGAAGUGCCAACCUCUGAGGCAUUAGAGGACGCCAGAAGGAUUGAGUUGUUGAGUAUUGCUAAAAGGUUAAAAUUUGCUAAGGUGAAAUCAACAACGAGGAGGGCAAAGUUGCAGAGGAUAAUAGCUGAGCAUUAUGUAUCUGAGGGUGUGUUUAAAGUGGAGGAGUUGGAGGUGUUUCCUGAAAGUAAACUUAGUAAGCUUGAGCUCCCGUACAAGUUAGAAACAUUAAAGAUGGAGGCUGCGGAAAGGCAGAGGCAGUUUGAGGCUAGAGAGGCAGAUAAACAGAGGGAGGAAGCAGAGGAUGUUUGAGCUGGAAAAGAUAGAGAGAUUGCAGCAAAGGGAUCUGGCGUUAGACUCUGGUGAUAAGUUUGAGGCCAGUCGGGAAGUUAUAUUGGUACCUCCAUUUGACGAGGCAGAAGUUGAUAAAUACUUUCAGCAUUUUGAGAAGGUUGCUCAGAGUUUAAAGUGGCCAAAAGAGGCUUGGCCUAUUCUCUCACGAAGUGUAAUUAAGGGGAAGGCUCAGCAAGCUUAUUCUACUUUGACAGUUGAUGAAGCAGCUGAUUAUGACAUUGUGAAACAGGCUGUGCUCAAAGCUUACGAGUUGGUCCCAGAAGCAUACAGGCAAAAUUUAGAAAUUUGAGGAAAUGUGUGAACCAGACUUAUAUGGAAUUUGGUUAUGAGAAGUUUGAGUGUUUUGACCGCUGGUGCGCAUCUAAAAAUGUAAAGGAUGAUUUGAACAGCUUGAAAGAGUUGGUUUUAACUGAAGAAUUCAAAAGGUGCAUCCCUGAUGACAUAAAGAUGUAUUUAGAUGAAAAGGAUGCUGCCACUUUGCAGGAGUCUGCUAGAUUAGCAGAUGAGUUUGCUUUAACUCAUAAGGUUAAGUUUACCCCAAAUAAGAGCUUCCAAAAGAGUAGCAGGGAUAACCAGGGUAAACCAGAAAUUAACGCUGGAACUAGUGACAAGGUAAGGAUGAAGGGAAGCAGUUGAAGGAGAAAUAUUCUGGUCUUACUUGUUACUAUUGUAAGAAAGCUGGUCAUAUGAUGGCUGAUUGCUCUGUUCUGAAGAAGAAAAAGGAAAAGGAGGCAGUCCCAAAUGCCUGUGAUCUGUAUGUUGAAGCACCUAUAAACCCACUGGGUUCUGAACAUUCUGUUGAGGCUCAGUUAAGGACUGAGAGGUCUGACCAAGUGAAGAAGGUAUUCGAUCAUUUUAUGUCAGAUGGGUUUGUAAUACUAGUGAAAAUUCUUUGAGAUACUGGGGCUUCUCAGUCACUUAUAUUAGACAACCUUCUCAAGUUUGGUGCUGAGACUGACAUUGGUGAGGUAAAUCUUAUUGAAGGCAUUGGGGGCGGCAUAGUUUCUGUGCCAUUGCACAGGGUAACUUUGCAGUCAGGGUUGGUUUUGGGACCUGCUAAGAUCAUAUUAUGCUCCAGUUUAUUGGUGGAAGAUGUCACUUUGCUGUUAGGGAAUGACCUGGCAGAUGGUAAAGUUGUUCCUGCAGUGCAGUUGACAACUAAGCCAACCACUGACAACCCACAGAUGGAUUUUAACAUUUAUCCUUCCUGCGCCGUAACUCGAAGUAUGGCUAAAAUGUUUGCCAACGCAGACGGUUCUGUAUCAUGAUUCUGAUACCCAUGAUAGCCAAAAUCAGGAUUCAGGUUAUGAUGACUUGUCAGGGACUUUUCUACCUUCAUUGUUUCAACAGGAUUCAGGUAGUAAGUCUGAUGAGAAAGACUUAUCCCUGCCUAGGAAGGAGUUUAUAGCAGAUUAGAACCGAGAUUCUGAGAUUGAAGCUUUAAAAGAAACAGCUCUGUCAGAUGAUGAGUUUAAGAAAGUGCCAGUAGGGUAUUAUCUCAAGGAUGGAGUGUUAAUGAGAAAGUGGAGGCCACCUCUUAUACCUGUGAGUGAGAAAUGGGCAAUUGUUCACCAAGUUGUUGUUCCUAAAGUUUAUAGGACUGAAAUUUUAACUUUGGCCAACAGUAUGCUCUUAGGUGGCCAUUUUGGAGUAAAUAAAACUGUAAACAGGACUAUGAAAGAAUUUCACUGGCCUAAUUUGAGGAAAGAUGUUGUGACCUUUUGCAGAACCUGUCACACUUGUCAAGUUGGGUGUAAACCUAAUCAGGUCACCCCAGUGGCCCCACCCUGGCCUGUACCUGCAUUCGGUGAAACCUUUUCAUAAGUUAUAGUGGAUUGUGUUGGCCCAUUGCCAAAGACUAAAACUGGCCAUCACUAUUUGCCAGACAUCCCACCUCUCUCGGGAGUUCCGGGAGUCUCCCGCAUAUCGAUAGUGGCUCCCUGAUGUCCGCAAAUAAUAUACAAUAUCCGGGAAAUCGAUUCUUAGAGAGGGAGAGGGAGAGGGGAGAAAAAGAAAGAAAAAAAAUUAAUGAACCUUGCUUGAUCUCUCUUUGUGCUAGGUAGACCUAUCAGUUUUCUCUGUGGGCAGGCUUUACAGUCGACCUCUCUCUUUCUCUCUUCCAUAGUCCAUCAGCUCAGUUACUGCCGUCUGUAAUGAUGCUGAAAUAAUCUGGAAUCUGUCGGUGAUGAAGAACAAAAGCCUGGCGAAGAAAUUCCCAAGGCUGGCGGUGACAACCUGACGACGUGAGGCUGUCCUAUAUGGCGGGGCGCAUUGGCGUCUUAGAGGGGAUAACAGCAGGGUUUAAAUUAGAGCAAAAUUCCAAAAUCAUCCGCUAAGACAUCUUUAAAAACACACUUGCAGCAAGCAAAUUCUUCGGUGUUUUUUUCCUGAAAUAUUUCCACUUACAGGUACAGCGAAGCCCGCGAUGGGCUGGGUUUAAACGCAGCCGUUUUCAGAAGAAAAAACGAUUUUAAUAAAUACCCGGCCCCCACCGAGGUCUCGAUCGUCAUUAGGACAGCAAACUGUUUACCUGUGCUGCACACUUCAUAUGCAUUUUGAAUUACACUUUAUUAAAUAAUAUGGUAAUAUGUUGUUUUAUUUGGCAUGUGUGAUAUAUGUAUUGUGGUUACAUCGUGGUCCGGACAGAGGUUGUUUCGUUUCUGGACAAUCAGCCAGAUGACAAUAAACUUGAAGAUACAGAACUUCUAAAUCACUCAUUUAAAAUCCCCCAUUUUGAUGUAAAAAAGUGAGUUCUGAUCCCGACUAUUCCAGGGUGGGUGGGUGUGUGUGUGUGAGAUAUACAUGUGUGAUCGGAUGUUGUCUGAGCGCACACUUGUAAUAAGGAUACACCGUAUGCUUUUAUUUCUUUUAGGGACCACAACAUAUGAGGGAGGCUAAGUGCAGGGAAGGCUGCUCAAGUAUUUCACAGUUCUUUACAGCAGAAAACCAAAGUCUGACAGAGAAGGUCACUAGAGCUGAGGUGUACUUUACACCUUUCAUCGUUGAGCAUAACCUGCCAUUCCAGGUGUGUAAGCACGCAGGCAAGCUAUUUAGGAAAAUGUUUCCUGACUCAGAAAUGGCAAAAAAACUAUGCCUGCUCAUUAACCAAGAAAGCAGCUGUUGUGAACAUGGCACAUUAAUACAGAAUUCAGAAGUCAGCUGUCUGACAAAACACUUGUGAAUCUGAUGUCUUGCAAAAUUAACAAAUUCAUUGACACAGACUGCUAUGAGGUUGAGACUUCCCUGAAAUGAGGUUUUGCAGGGUGGGAUGUCUGAUUUGCUAACCAUUAUGUGUACUGCAUCCAGAUUCCCAGAGGCAAUACCUUUCAGGAAUAUUAAAGCUCAAGCUGUGGCAAGGGGUCUUACCAAGUUUUUUACUUUACUUGGUUUGCCUAAAGAAAUCCAGUCUGAUCAAGGAAGUAAUUUUACAUCUGGAUUAUUCCAGCAGGAACUGAGAUCUAAACAAAUUACAUCGUCUGUGUACAUCCGGAAUCACAAGGUGCUUUUAAAAGAUUCCAUUCUACCCUCAAAACAAUGAUUAAGACAUAAAGUGUUGAAAAUGGAAAAAACUGGAAUGAAAGAAUACAUUUGCUUUUGUUCGCAGUAAGAGAGUCGGUACAGGAAUCACUGGGCUUUUGUCCAUUUGAACUUGUAUUUGGUCAUAGAGUGAGGGGACCUUUGACCUUGUUAAAGGAACAGUGGAUUGAUGGGUUUGUACAUGUUAACUUGUUAGACUAUGUUUUGAUGUUCAAAAAUAAACUCGCCUGUUGUCUAGCGAGGCAAAACUUAAAGAUUUCUCAAAACGAAAUGAAGUGUUGGUUUGAUAAGUGGGCUUGUGAAAGAAAAUACCAGGUGGGGGAUAAGGUGCUUGCCUUAUUUUCAGUGUUGAUGAAUCCACUUCAGGCGAAAUUCAAUGGACCGUAUGAAAUAGUCUCUCAAAUUACUGAUGUGAAUUAUGUUAUUAAAACACCCGACCGAUGUAAACUAACACAGGUGGUACACAUAAAUAUGAUAAAGCCUUAUUUUGACAAGCAGGCACCAUCUGUGAGUGUUGUUGUCAAAACAUAUGAAUCUGGCACCCUGAGAAUGAAACAAUUGACUCGACUGAGACUUUUCACAAGCCAAACAUGGUCCCAAUUAGGCUGAUGAACUUGGUUGUUCUAGAAAACAUUGAUAACAAGUUGGCUCAUCUGCAGCCAAAGCAACAACAAGAGCUGAAGGAAUUAAUUCUGAAGUUUAAAGAUUUAUUUCCUGACGUUCCCAGGCAAACCACGGUCGCAGUACAUGACGUCAAUAUUGGUCAAGCCAAAAUGAUUAAAUAACACCCAUAUUGCAUGAACGCAGAAAAGUGCAAAUUGAGCGCUCGUGUAAAUUCAAUGAGCAUCAAAGAAAUUAUUCCAUCAUAGAGAAAGAGUUGUUGUCACUCAUCUUGGCUUUGCAGCAUUUUGAUGUCUAUGUUUGCCCUGCACAGAAACAACUUGUGGUUUAUACUGAUCAUAAUCCAUUAGUGUUUUUGAGUAAGGUACAGGACAAAAACAGAAGAUUGUUAAACUGGGGUCUGAUUUUGCAAGAAUAUGAUAUUGUGAUAACUCAUCUAAAAGGCACGGACAAUAUCAUUGCCGAUUGUCUUUCCAGAUGCUAAGCCUGCAGUUUUAAUAGUGAAGUAGAAUCUGGUAUUUGUAUAUGCUUCUGCAAUGUGUUAUAUGAUAACCAUACAUGUAUUGUUUUACAUACUGUAGUUUGCAGUUAAAAUAUUGCUCUUUUUUGGGGGGAAGUGUUACGAAUCCCUAGGUUUCGGUUGCUGUGGACUGUCAUUUUAAGAGACUGCUUCAGUGAGGUGGGGAAAACAAUGCUGUCAGCCGCUGACUUUCUCAGCUCAUUUUUGAUUUUUAUAGAGAGAGAGCUCAAGGAGGUGGGACUGUCUGACCUGUUGCUUAUUUACAUUACUCGCAGAUUGUUUAGUUUUAGGUGAGGACAGAGACAGGGAAGCUAGUGGCCAAGGGUCACUGUUUGGAACUCUCCGAUGCUCACAAGGGUGGGUUUCUUAUUGAUCCAGUGCACAUCGAAUGUGUGGCUGUCAUCUUGUAUAAUCCAUAGCAAUGGAUUUUGUUUGAGGUAUCCUGUGGAGACCACUUAUGUGUUAACACUUGCCUGGGUAUGCGGUGUGCUGAUUCACUUGAAGAUGAUAUCCCUGUGAUGAGUCACUUUCGGUGAUAAUUCGUAUGUGGAUUUGGAACGACGACAGAUAAAAUCUACAGCAACUGUUAUCUCGUUUUACCACCAUGGAACCUAUGGAAUUUGAUGUAAUUGCCUUCUCUCUACAUUUACCCUGGAUUACAAAUAUCUCUCUCCCAUCCCUUAUCCCGUGGAUGAACUGAACUUUCAUACUUUACCACCUCAAGACUCUAAAUCUUGUUCUCCCUGCCCCCCACAUCCCCCAAGCUCAAUAGUUUGGGAGUUAUAUUUAAACACUUAUGUACACAUAACACGGUUAACUUUUGUUUAUGUUCCUUAAGUUACUAUAUUAUAA